AAACAUGUCGGUAGGAAGUUUUUCCACGUUUGUCAUUGUCCUAACGACAUAUUUUGGUUCCUCGUGUUGUUUGAAUAUCAUUCCCGAUUAUUUCAUGGACAGUGGUGGUUUGGGUAAUUGUGGUGAAACAAUCAAUAACAAAGAAGACGUGUAUAUCAGGUCUCAUACUGGAGCUUAUCAACUUGGAAGUAUCAUAAAUUACGGAGCGAACGAGAACUGUGAGCUUAAAUUCAACGCUGGGACAGGGAAGAAAGUCUUGAUAAAAUUUUUAGAAUUUGAACUGGAAAAUGCAGUAGGAAAUGAAUGUCUGGAUGGACUUAAGAUAUUUGACCACCAAAACACCACCACGUCCCCUAAUUUAUAUAACACGAACUGUACAAUCAAUAAUAAUGCCUCUAUUACUGACAACUGCACAACGGCAAACAACUGUUCACUAGACAACUGUACCGUAGCUAACAACUGUUCAGAUGAUAAUGCAACACUCUCUAACAUGUGCUCGAUGGAAAACACUAACGGACUUACUGCCGAUUUGACAGUUUGCGGAAGUACAGGUCAAAGUCCAUUUGUAUCCGCUUCAUCAGAGGUGCAGUUAAAGUUUUACACAAACAGUCAAAACCAUUUUUCCGGUUUCCAGUUGCUCGUUACAGCAUUUCGUGAGGCCGAUAAUUGCUCAAGCAACGAAUUUAAAUGUGAUACAAACAGAUGUAUCCCUACGAAUCUGAAGUGUGAUACAGUACCACACUGUGUGGAUGGUACAGAUGAAAAUGACAACAUCGCCGGUUGUACUGUCUUAGAUAAAAUCUCGGGAUACUUGUUUGGACUUGGACAGAUGACGGUUAUCACUAUUGCAAUUUUAGGUGGCGUUAUCAUCUUUUCAAUUAUCACAUUCAUCAUUGUCUACAAUGUAUGCUGUAAAAAACCUAUUAAUACUGUCCAUGCUAUGCAAGAGGCGGAACCUGUGCCUAAGACAUCUACAAACGCAAGCAAUAAAGACAGUAAGAAGGGCCAAAAAGGAAAGAGAACUGUCACUGUUGUAAAACCGGCACCACAACCACACCAAUCUGAAGCAACUAAAACUUCUACAAAGCAGACUUCCGGUAAGAAGUCAAAGAAAAAGUCGGACGAGGAAGAUGAUCCAUUUUGGUGAUUAUCACUGCUCAUCAAUUUAUGUAUUUGUUAAGUUAACAUGCUUUGAAGAAUUGUUUUGAACAACCCAUUGAGAGCAACUUAGCAUUAGGUUGAGUCAUUUUACGUAAUCAAAGGUAUGCCAAGUAUUAGAAAACACGUACCUUUCCAGUCUCCUAACGGAUGUAAAGCUCUUACUCACUAAAUGAAGUUAUAUAAUGUAUGAUAAGGUGAACUACUUUUAACUUUAUUUCGAAUUAUGUAUGGUUUUUGUUCUAUUUCACUUUUAAUAUAGAAAUUAAAAACA